AUGGGCUCCUCGUCUAGUUUUCUGGUUUUGAGUUUGUUUGUAUUGUCUUUUUGCUUGACCUGUAAUGCUGAUCAAAUCACAUCCGACGCAAGAGGCAUCAUGAUCAACGGAGAAAGGAAAAUUCUCAUCUCCGGGUCCGUUCAUUAUCCCCGUAGUACUCCUGAGAUGUGGCCAGAUUUGAUCCAGAAGUCCAAGGAUGGAGGGCUCAACACAAUUGACACCUAUGUUUUCUGGGAUCUGCAUGAGCCUAAACGCCGUCAGUAUGACUUUACAGGCAAUAAAGACCUGGUGAGGUUUAUUAAAGCCAUCCAAGCUCAAGGGCUUUACGCAGUUCUUCGAAUUGGACCAUACGUUUGUGCAGAAUGGACUUAUGGGGGCUUUCCGGUGUGGCUGCAUAACCAGCCAAGCAUCCAGUUAAGGACAAACAAUACUGUCUACAUGAGCGAAAUGCAAACCUUCACAACCAUGAUAGUGGACAUGAUGAAGAAAGAGCAGCUCUUUGCCUCACAAGGAGGUCCCAUAAUCAUCUCUCAGAUCGAGAAUGAAUAUGGAAAUGUGAUGCGGGCAUACCAUGACGCUGGAGUACAAUACAUCAAUUGGUGUGCACAAAUGGCCGCUGCUUUAGAUACCGGCGUGCCAUGGAUCAUGUGCCAACAAGACAACGCCCCACAGCCAAUGAUUAACACUUGUAAUGGCUAUUACUGCGAUCAAUUCACCCCUAAUAAUCCCAACAGUCCUAAGAUGUGGACUGAGAACUGGAGUGGCUGGUACAAGAACUGGGGUGGCUCAGACCCACAUAGAACUGCAGAGGAUCUAGCCUUCUCCGUUGCUCGCUUUUACCAAUUGGGUGGCACUUUCCAAAACUACUACAUGUACCAUGGUGGUACCAAUUUCGGUCGCACAGCAGGCGGUCCAUACAUCACCACAUCAUAUGAUUAUGAUGCACCAUUGAAUGAAUAUGGUAAUAAGAAUCAACCCAAGUGGGGACAUCUCAGGGAUCUCCAUCUCCUCCUCUUGUCAAUGGAGAAGGCUCUUACCUACGGUGAUGUCAAAAAUGUUGAUUAUGGGACCCUGACUUGGGCAACGAUCUACAGUUAUCAAGGGAAAUCGAGUUGUUUCUUCGGAAAUUCAAAUGCGGAUAGGGAUGUGACAAUCAACUAUGGAGGAGUUAAUUACACUAUUCCUGCAUGGUCCGUUAGUAUACUUCCUGAUUGCUCCAACGAAGUUUAUAACACCGCCAAGGUUAACAGUCAGUACUCCACGUUUGUAAAGAAGGGCAGUGAGGCUGAGAACGAGCCAAAUUCCUUGCAAUGGACUUGGAGAGGUGAGACCAUUCAGUACAUUACACCGGGGAGGUUCACUGCUUCAGAGCUCUUGGAUCAAAAGACAGUGGUAGAAGAUACGAGUGAUUAUUUGUAUUACAUGACCACUGUGGACAUAAGUAAUGAUGAUCCCAUUUGGGGCAAGGACUUGACUCUAAGCGUAAACACUAGCGGCCACAUACUUCAUGCUUUUGUGAAUGGAGAGCAUAUAGGAUACCAAUAUGCAUUACUUGGACAGUUCGAAUUCCAGUUCCAGCGAAGUAUUACACUGCAGCUUGGGAAGAAUGAAAUAACUUUGCUUAGUGCCACUGUUGGAUUGACUAAUUAUGGGCCCGACUUCGACAUGGUGAAUCAGGGAAUCCAUGGUCCAGUUCAAAUAAUUGCCAGCAACGGCAGUGCAGAUAUUAUCAAGGACUUGUCUAAUAAUAACCAGUGGGCGUACAAGGCUGGGUUGAAUGGUGAGGACAAGAAAAUCUUCCUCGGGCGUGCACGCUAUAACCAGUGGAAAUCUGAUAAUCUUCCAGUAAACAGGUCGUUUGUUUGGUACAAGGCUACUUUCGAUGCUCCCCCCGGAGAGGACCCAGUUGUGGUGGACUUAAUGGGUUUGGGCAAGGGAGAGGCUUGGGUGAAUGGCCACAGCCUUGGCCGGUACUGGCCAUCUUAUAUCGCCCGUGGAGAAGGGUGCAGUCCUGAAUGCGACUAUAGAGGACCAUACAAGGCCGAAAAAUGCAAUACUAACUGUGGGAAUCCUUCUCAAAGAUGGUACCAUGUGCCUCGAUCUUUCCUAGCGAGUACAGAUAACAGGUUGGUUUUGUUUGAGGAGUUUGGAGGCAACCCAUCAUCGGUGACCUUCCAAACUGUGACUGUUGGGAACGCUUGUGCCAAUGCUCGUGAAGGGUACACCUUGGAAUUGUCAUGCCAAGGGAGAGCUAUCUCCGGCAUCAAAUUUGCUAGCUUUGGUGAUCCUCAAGGCACUUGUGGAAAGCCAUUCGCCACAGGCAGUCAAGUCUUUGAGAAGGGCACCUGCGAGGCUGCUGACGCAUUAUCCAUCAUCCAAAAGUUAUGUGUUGGCAAAUACAGUUGUUCCAUUGAUGUCUCGGAACAGAUUCUUGGGCCUGCUGGUUGUACUGCGGACACGAAGAGGCUGGCAGUUGAAGCGAUCUGUUAG